AUGGCGACCGCCGCACAUCCCGAGCCCACCACUUCGCCCUCGACAGAAUACCCAUUCGCGCCAUCCCCCGACAUCCUACGGACCCACCAGAAAGAUGCAUACAUAACAGGACAACUAUCCUCCCAGGCGUCGACGAUCCUCCGCGCAUUACUGGGCGCACGGUUCGCACACAAAUACUCCAACGCGACCAACAACCUCAGCGAGUUGCUCUACCUGUGCAUCACCACCCUGCUCGGCAACCGCACGCUCGGCGAGGAAUACUGCGAUGUGAUCCAGGUCGAGAACGACACGCUGCGACUGGCCGGCCUAGGCAGACGAGUCGGCUAUAUUGCCAGCGUGGUGUUUGCGCCGUGGGUGCUGGGGAAAUCCCUCCCCGCGCUACGACGCCGGCUGCGCCAGAAGCUGGAGUGGAACAUCGAGCAUGCGAAGAAACACCGGCGGUCUUCGAUAACGGCGCGAGGGCUGCGGAUCCAAGAAUACAUCCUCGAGCACUUGGAUACCCUGACGAGUCCAAAUCCGAUCUACGCCUUGAGCCUGGCCACCUUCUACUUCACGGGCGCGUAUUACCACCUCUCGAAACGGCUGUUCGGCCUACGCUACAUCUUCACGAAGCAGAUGAAGCCGGACGAGCAGCGUGUCGGCUACGAAGUGCUGGGCGUGCUCCUUGUCCUCCAGAUGGCCGUGCAAUCCACGCUGCACAUCCGCGCAACAUUCUUUCCCAACACCACCGACGAAUCAACAUCCCCCGAAAACACCAACGGCGAAAAGCCCUCCUCAACAACAGCUCUCGUCGGCCACGGCGUCGAAGUCGCCGUAAAUUCUUCCUUCACAUCCACCGCCGACCAACUGCUCGCCUCGGUCGACAUCCCCAGCCACCUACCACCCGGCCUCGCCGCGAACACAGCGACGCCGAUCCUGCCAGAAGGCACGCCGCGGUAUGACAUCUCUUCUGCAGACGCCAUGGCAUGGAUCCCCGACGGCCAGCAGCGGAAAUGCACACUAUGUCUGGAGCCCUUCCGCGACCCCAGCGCCACCUCGUGCGGCCACGUCUUCUGCUGGACCUGCGUCCAGGACUGGGUCAAGGAGAAGCCCGAGUGUCCGCUGUGCCGGCAGGCCGUGCUACCGCAGAAGAUUCUGCCGCUGCGGUAG